UUUCUUAAUCCGGUGUGCUAUGAAAAAGUCUCCCCAAUCCUCUUGCUCACGGUUUGAUAUUAUCAUAUAAAUACACACAAACACAAACAUUUCUUCACAACAUUCACAUUCAUAAUAAUUAGUAUGAUGAAGAGCAAGGGACAGAGCCAGAACACGUUCGUGAGAAUCAUGUGUUCACCAAUAAGAGCACUUGGAAAAGCAAGAGAUGCUUACGUAAGAAGCAUAACAAACUGUGGUCAAAAUAUGCAUUAUGGAAAUCCAAUGGAUGCUGCUGGAAAAUUCUCUGCUUUGUCAAGAAGCCAAAGUGCUGCAACAUCAAGAAGAUCAUCAACAACAUCAUCAUUUGGAGAUAAUAGUGAAGAUUUUGCUGAACUUGUUAGAGCUGCUUCAGCUAGAACUUUGGUUAAUAGAAUUGACAUGGAUUUGGUUCUAAAACAACAACAAUUGAAGAAAUCAAAUAAAGGGUUGCCUAAGUCAAGUAGUGUUGGAAUGGCUAAGAUUGAUGAAGAUAUGCCUUUUGAUUAUUCUAGUGUUGAGAAAAGGGGUGGUGUUGGGAUUGUUCAUGAUUCUUAUCCUAGAUCUAAAAGUUAUGCUCUUGGUAAUAGGAAUGUUGAUUUUUGAAAGCCUUUUAGUGUUAGCAAUAUUUUAAUUAUUAUAAUUGUAAGAAAUUUGGGGAUUGAGAUUUAAUGGAAUUAUUAUAACCUCUUUCUAUUUGAAUCUUGUGUUUUGGAAUGUAUAAUAAAUAAUUAAUCAAUUGUUUUUUGUAUAUGUAGUGAUGAGAUAAGAUUUGUAAA